AUGAAUGGGAGUCCAAGUCCGUGGGCAAUCAGCCUUGAGGAGCGGAGCAAACAUGAUAAGAAAUUUGACACCCUCUCCCCUUCAAUGGGCUACGUAUCCGGGGAGCAAGCAAAGAAGUUUUUCCUUCAGUCAGGGCUACCUCCCUCAGUUUUAGCUGAGAUUUGGGGAUUGGCUGAUAUGAAUAAAGAUGGUAAAAUGGACCGGUUAGAGUUCUCUAUAGCCAUGAAGCUGAUAAAGCUCAAACUGCAAGGAACAUCUCUUCCCACUGCUCUUCCAAUUAUAAUGAAGCAGCCUCCUGUGCCUGUGCCCACCUUCACUGUCCCGACCUCUACGAUAACGGCCCCUGCUUAUGGUGUCAUGAAUAUGUCAAUGAUGCCUGGGACAAUGUUUUCUCCUAUGCCAAUGGGGACUCCCGGCCUCACCCCUAUGGGACUCAGCCCUUUGAUCCCCUCUGCAGGGAUGAGUCCACUUGUAGGAGCUGGAUCUCCCAUGCCUCUUGUCUCUACAUUAGGCAGUGGUGGUCUAUCAAACGGGGGUAUGGGCUUCCUCCAACCAACACCAGCCGGAGCAAUGUCUGCUGGCCUGCCACUAUCCUCUUCUUAUUCCUCCCCACUCGUCCACUCCUCUUCUUCAACUGGUUCCAACACGCCCUCGCCUCUACUCGGAUCCAACAGUUCCCUCUCUUCGACCCUGGUGCCGAGCGACUGGGCAGUGCCUCAUGCGUCCAGGCUCAAGUACAGACAGCAGUUCAACAGCCUGGAUAAGCAGAUGACGGGAUAUCUUGCCGGUCCGCAGGUGCGAAGUGCCAUGGCUACCACAAUGCUCACGCAGGCACAGCUGGCCUCUAUCUGGACAUUAGCUGACGUUGAUAAAGAUGGAAAGCUUAAAGCAGAGGAAUUUAUUUUGGCUAUGCAUCUUGUGGAUAUGGCAAGGUGUGGACAGUCAUUGCCACUCACACUGCCAAAGGAGUUGGUUCCUCCGUCACAAAGGAGCAGUAUGAAUGGAACCUCUCCGAUUGCUCCUGUUACUUCUUUGAUUGAUGACUUUGACCUAGAACCUCCACAGAAAAACAAGCCCAACAUGACUUUCGAAGACAAAUUCAAAGCAAACCUGGAGCGGGGCAAUGCUGAACUUGAGAAGCGUCGGCUGGCUCUGCAGGAGGCCGAGCGGAGGGAGCGGGAACGUCGUGAGCAGCUGAGACGAGAGGAGCAGGAGCGCAGAGAGAAGGAGGCGCGAGAGGCGGAGGAGAAGAAGAGGAUUGAGGAGGAAUGGAAACAGGAGCGACAGAGGGAACUGGAGAGGAUCCGAGAGGAGGAGCGCAAGAAAGACAUUGAACGAAAAGAGGCGGCACAGAGGGAACUUGAACGCCAGCGGAAGGAGGAGAUGGAGCGGCGAAAGCGAGGAGAGCUCCAGAUUAAACGAGAGCAAGAGCAGGAUGACAUCAUCAAACUAAAAGCAAAGAAACGCAGCCUGGAGAUGGAGCUAGAAGCUGUGGGUCACAAACACAAGCAGAUUGAAGAUCGACUACGUGAUAUUCAGAACAAAAAGAAGCAUCAGAAGACUGACAUUGAUGUGACUAAUCAGCGGAAAGACGCUUGCCAGCUGGACAUUGAAAACAUACAGAGACAACUAGAAGAUUUCCAAAGGAAGUUAUCCCAGUUGACUCCAGAGCAAAGGAGGCUCUCUGAAAAACUAAAAAGCAUGGCUCUAAACAGUGUAGCUGUGUCAACAGGGUCCAACUUGAAGAUUAAUGUCACUGAGAAAAAGGGAGUUUGUCUGAAACUACAAGAUCAACUCAAUGCUCUGGAGAAAGAGACCUCUGCCAAAUUUGCUGAAAUGGAUCAAUAUAACAAAGAUCUGCAGGAGUUAAAGGAAACGCAGAAGAGACAACAGGAAGCGUUAGAAAAAUUACGAAGCAUCAAGGAAGAGAAGAGGCGUGAGCUGCAGCUGAAGGAGGAGGAGGAGCGGAAGCGCAAAAAAGAGGAAGAAACGCAGAGGCGCAUUAAGCUGGAGAAGGAGAAAAUGCAAAGGGAAGAAGAGGAGCGACAGAGGAGACUCCUGGAGGAGAGAGAGGCCAAGCGAAGAGAGGAGGAGGAGAGGCAGCGACAAGCCCUUUUACAAGCCGCCAGAGAGGAGGCCGCCAGGGAACUCCGAGCCAAAGAAGAAGCCGCAAGGGAACUCCGAGCCAAAGAGGAAGCCGAGAGGCGGAGACGCGACGAGGCUGAACGCAAGAAGCGGGAAGAAGAGGAACGACAACGCCAAGCCGAGAAGAGGCAGCAGGAGGAGGAACGAAGAAGACUAGAAGAGGAGCGACGGCAACUGGAGGAGGAGCGGAGGAAGCUGGAGGAGGAGAGGAAGGCGGAAGAGAAGAGAAGGAAAGACGAAGAGCAGCGCAAACGGGAGGAGGAGAGGAGGAGAAUGGAUGAGGAGAGAAGGAGAAUGGAUGAGGAGAGGCGUGAGGAAGAGAGGAAAGAGGAGGAGCAUAAGAGAGAAGAGCAGCUAAGACAAGAGAAGGAGGAACAAGAGCGCAGGAAACAGCGGGCAGCUGAAGCUGCCGUCCGCGAUGCAGAGGAGCGAAAGAGGAGGGAGGAGAGCGAGCAGAGGCGUAAACGAGACGAGGAGCGAAGGAGGGCAGAGGAGGACCGCAAGAGGAAAGAGGAGGAGGAGACGAGGAAGAAGGCCGAGGCUGAGGAGGUGAGAAGGAGAGUGGAGGAGGAGAGGAGAAAGAAGAAGGAGGAGGCGGCGGCGAGACAGCACCAGCCGCCACAAACUACAGCCAGCGGCGGCAAGAAGGACAUUCUGCAAGCUCUGCUCCGUGGCCUCGAGGAGCGGAAAGGUGGGCAACCCAAGGCUACCUCCCACAGAAAGUCAGCAGCUCUCACCUCUUUCAAAGCUCUGUAUCCGUUCACUGCUCGAAACCCGGAAGAGCUGACUUUCAAUUCAGAUGACGUCCUUGAAGUUGAUGAGUCGGUUGAACGUGAGCCCGGUUGGUUGUUUGGCAGUAAAGAUGGGAAAAUGGGCUAUUUCCCAGAGAGUUAUGUUGAAAAGGUGUCCUCGGCUAACAAGACGGACACCGCACCUCCUGUCCCCAAACUGGCCCUUCAGUCUCAGCUCUCUAGUGCUCUGGAAGCUGCUAAAGCCGGGGCAACAAAGUCUGCCUUCACCCCUACGCACUCUCCAAACCCCACUCUCUCAGAUUCACAUGGCCAGAAGGUUGUAGGUAAUGUCCAGGCUCAGGCUUUGUGCUCCUGGACCGCCAAGACGGAAAACCAUUUGAACUUCAAUAAGGACGAUGUGAUAAAAGUGCUGGAGCAGCAGGAGAACUGGUGGCUUGGAGAGUUGAACGGGGCUCAAGGCUGGUUUCCCAAAACCUAUGUGACAGUGCUGAGUGAGGAGGACACUGUAGAUGAUAAGAGUCUAUCAGCUGAGAGUUCAGAUGCAAGCGAUAGCCAGCCGUUUGAAGAGUUCAUGGCAUUGUACACGUACGAGUCCCCUGAACCCGGAGACCUCACGUUUAAAGAGAGAGACAUAAUCCUGGUUUCUAAAAGAGAGGGAGAAUGGUGGAGCGGCUCCAUCGGAGACCGGACAGGCUUGUUUCCUGGCAACUAUGUCAAACCGAAAGAAAGUGAUACAUCAAGUGCCUCUGGGAAAGGAAAAAAGCCAGAAAUUGCUCAGGUGGCCCGUGCUUACCCGGCAACGCGACCCGAACAGCUCAGUUUGGAACCCAAUCAGCUCAUUGUCAUUUUGGGGAAAAACACUUCUGGGUGGUGGCUUGGUGAACUUCAGGCCCGUGGUAAAAAGCGGCAGAAAGGCUGGUUCCCUGCAGCUAAUGUCAAAAUCCUCGGAUCCAACAGUGGAAAAUCUACACCCGCAUCUCAACCAGUCUGUCAGGUUAUAGCAAUAUACGAUUACACAGCAGCCAAUGGGGACGAGUUGAGCUUCUCCAAAAGUCAGCUGAUCAAUGUCCUGGAUAAGAAUGACCCCGACUGGUGGAAGGGGGAGAUUAAUGGAUCCACUGGUCUAUUCCCCACCAACUACGUUCGAAUGACCACCUCCGACGCUGACACCUCCCAACAGUAUCCAAACAGCUUUGACUCCCUGGGUCCACAAGAGAAGAAGCGACAAGACUAUAUCCAAGAGCUCAUCCAGACUGAGGAGAAAUAUGUUGAAGAUCUGCAGAUAGUGUUAGAUGUCUUCUACAGACCCAUGUCUGAGUCGGGGAGACUGACCGAGGUUGAAAUGCAGAAGAUUUUUGUGAACUGGAAGGAGCUGCUGCCUUGCAACAAUAGGCUCCUAAAGGCUCUUCAUGAACGUAGGAGCAAAGGGGGAGAGAAGUCCCCCAUUCAGAUGGUGGGAGACAUUUUGGCCAAAGAGCUUGCCCACAUGCAGCCGUACAUUCGUUUUUGCUCUUGUCAGAUCAACGGAGCUGAACUUCUUCAGAUACGUACGGACAAUGAACCUGACUUCAAACUCUUUCUCAAGAAAAUUGCCACUGACUACAGGUGCAAAGGCAUGCCUCUGUCUAGUUUUCUGCUGAAGCCAAUGCAGAGAAUCACUCGAUACCCGCUUCAUAUCAAAAAUAUCUUGGAGUGCACGGCAGAGGGUCACUCUGAUCGUCUCCUGUUGAAACAGGCUCAGGAGAGGGCGGAGGAGCUCUGCCAGCAGGUGAAUGAAGGUGUGCGUGAGAAGGAAAACUCAGACAAACUGGAGUGGAUCCAGAAUCACGUACAGUGCGAUGGGAUUGCUGAGCACUUGGCUUUCAACUCCCUCACAAACUGCUUGGGCCCCAGGAAGCUUCUUCAUAGCGGAAAGAUGUACAAGGCCAAGAGCAACAAGGAACUGUGGGCUUUCCUAUUCAGUGACUUUCUACUUUUGACUCAUUCAGCAAAACAGUUCACCUCGUCUGUGCCUGACAAGCUGUUCAGCAACAAAAGCAACACACAGCUCAAGAUGUAUAAACCGCCUGUCUUUCUCAAUGAAGUCCUGGUGAAGCUUCCGGACCCCUCGAGUGAUGAACCCCUUUUUCACAUCUCGCACAUUGACCGAGUCUACGCUCUGAAGACCGACAACAUCAAUGAACGGACGGCAUGGGUUCAAAAGAUCAAGGCGGCAUCAGAGGACUUUCUUGAGAUGGAUAAGAAAAAAAGGGAAAAGGUUUAUCAAGCACGCUCCGUGAAGGCCAGUGGGAUCGGCAGACUCCUCGUCACCAUUUUAGAGGCCACCGAGCUGAAGGCAGCCAAACCUAAUGGUAAAAGUAACCCAUACUGUGAAGUAACGAUGGGAGCACAGAUUUUCACCUCUCGAACGCUGAACGACACACUGAACCCCAAGUGGAACUUCAACUGUCAGUUUCACAUCAAAGAUAUUUACCAGGACGUCCUGUGCAUUACCAUCUACGAGAAAGGCCUUUUCUCACCAGACGAUUUCCUUGGUCGCACAGAAGUCCCCGUCGCUACAAUAAAGAAAGAGUUGGAGAACAAAGGCGCAGUGACACGCCGCAUUCUGCUGCACGAGGUCCCGACUGGAGAGGUGUGGAUCCGCCUCGACCUGCAGCUCUUCAGCAAAUAA